AUGGCUCUCGCUGCGCAGCCCGCAGGUCACCACAACUGGGGAAGAUGGAACCAGCAGGUCCCUCAGGACUACAGCAUGGUCGACAACGGAAACGUCAUGGUCUACGGCUCUUCGCGCCCCGAGCAGAGCUCCGACAUGAUGAACAGCUCAUUCAUGACGCCUCAGUACAUGGUGCCCGCCAACUCGUACAGCUCACCUGCCGGGGUCCAGCCGAUUCCUACCCCUCACUAUCAGGGACCAACAGCACCGCCUCCGCCGCCGCCGCCGCCGCCUCACCACCACCAUCACCACCACCACCACCACCCUCAGCAGCAGCAGCAACAGCAGCAGCAGCAGCAGCAGCAGCACCAGAACCAGCACCAGCAGCCGCAGCCGCAGCCGCAACCGCAACCGCAGCCGCUACCAGCAACGGCGCAGGGUUCGAAUCCGUACUCUCUUGCUCCGCCAUCCUACGGUGCGCACCCACCGCCGCACCACCUAGCUUCACUCGCUUCGAUAUAUCCGUACAGCAGGGCCGACUAUCACCAUCACCACCAACCACACCAGCAGCACCAGCCUCGGGCUAACCCUGCCGUAGCCGCCGCCGCCGUCGCCCCUGCCACUGCCACUGCCCCUGCCCCUGCCCCUGCCCCUGCCCCUCCUGCUGGCGGUCCUCCUUCUUCCUCCCGAGAUUCAGAGUUCAAGCCGUUCCUCCGCGACGGCCACAUGUCGCCGCCGCUGUCGAGGCGAGGAUCGGAGACGUCGAUGGAGAAGCCCGAGACGGCGGCCAUCAACCCGCCCACGCUCUACUCCAAGACCAUCACGGCCAACGCCACGCUCGACCCCAAGCACCGCGUCGAGUUCGAUACGGACGUCGACCAGCUCAUGAGGGCCAUCCAGGUCGACGGCGUCGACGACCCGCACCCGCACCCGCACCCGCACGCGAACUCGCCCACCCCGGCUCCCUCGUCUCCGCCCAAGGCCGCCGCCGUCGUCGACGAGGUGUCGGCCCGCUCCAGCCCGGUCAGCUCUGCCGGCUCGGCCGCCUCGCUCACCAGCUCGGGCAAGGCGAGGAAGUACACCUGCAACGGACCGGGCUGCAACAAGAGUUUCAGCCAAAAGACCCAUCUCGAUAUCCACAAGCGGACCCACACCGGGAACCGACCCUAUACCUGCAAGUUCGACGGCUGCAACCUGACCUUUUCUCAGCUCGGGAACCUCAAGACGCACGAGCGCCGCCACACCGGCGAACGCCCUUACAAGUGCAGCAGGUGCGACAAGACGUUUGCGCAGAAGGGAAACGUCAAGUCGCACGAGGAGACCCACGAAGGGAAGAAGCCGUACCGGUGCCUCCUUCAGGGAUGCGACAAGAAGUUUUCCCAGCUUGGGAAUAUGAAGACUCAUCAGAACAACUUCCACAAGGAAGCCCUCCACGAGCUGACGAUGCAGUUCGUCAAGUUCAACAAGGAAGGCCACGUCCCGGAAGAGUACCGUGAGAUCUUUGCCUACUUCAAGCUCCACUACAAGAACAGCAACAAGGGUAUCAAGGGGAGGGGGAAGGCUCGCAAGGUUGCCGGUGCCGGUGUCGGCAAGGGCACUUCCUCCUCCUCCUCUUCUUCAUCCUCUUCGUCCUCUUCUGGCUCCACCUCUUCGCCACGCCGGUCCAUCAUGGACUCUUCUCCCUCUUCCGUCUUCGACCGAGCCUCGAACAGGGACGGCGGCAGCAACGGCAACAGGCUGUACACCGUGUCCAACGGUCCUCAACUCGCCGGUCCCAUAUCGGAGAGCGUCCCCCGGAACGGUGGCGGUGGUCCGUACGGUUCCGGUUCCGGUCCUGAUCCUGCCCCUGCGCAUCUAUUCAAGCACGAGUCUUCGAUGUUCUAUGACGAGCACCACCACGGUCGACACCACAUUGCUUUCUCCGAACGCUUCUAUUAA